GCUUGGUCUUUGACAUGUAUGACAUCGUUGAUGAAACAUGAAAAUGUGGUAAAAUGGCGAUAUCAGUAAACACAAAUCAGUAAGAAAUCAUCGGACAGCUAUCAUUUUCAAGAGGAAUAUCAAAGUAAUUUAAAAGCGCUCGCGAAUGUGACGCGCUCCGAUAAUAAUAAUAAUAAUAUACAGAAUGCAAACGGCUCAUUUUUAUCGCCAUCUUCUUUGGAGUGUUUGGUGUUUCCUACAAGUUAUUGCCAAGGAUUAUGUUCAAUUGUCACACAACGGACCGGUUGUAUUAGGUGGGAUGAUCACUUUUAGAGCAGAUUUGUACCGUGAUGGCAACCGACCAAACGGGACUUUCAAUUACAUAUGGAACGAUAAUUCAUUAAUGAAACAUAAAUAUGAGAGCAAAGCUACGGUGAAUACAACAACAUUUUGGAGCAUAAGUUUUCCACGUGAAAGCAACAUUCCUGGAAACUAUACAGUGGAAUUAGAAGUCAAAUAUUACUUUGCAUUUUUGUGGAUAUUUGAUACUAGUGCUCAUAUUGACUUUGAAAUUACUGAUUGUCUUAAUGGUAAUAUAGCCAUAAAACAAGCUAAUAAAACCAUAGCGGGAGAAUAUAUCUCCUCUACAAAUGAAACUAAAUUAACGAUAGACUUGCAAAAGGCAGAUUACGACUUUAUAACGCAGAAAGCAACUGUAAUAUUGACGUAUUGGUUUAUUGAUUGCAAGUAUUAUGGUCAAACAAAUGAUUUCACUUUCAUUUAUAACUUUACAAGUCCUGGUGUAACAUAUGAAAUAGGAGCUUUAGUAAUCGCUUCAUACGACUCGCCAACGACCACAACUAUGGCACCUACAACUACAGUCAUACCUGUUAAUGUGACAACAGUAGCAUCCAAUGCUAUCACGGUAAAUUUAAAUAGGACUUUUGUCACAGUCGUAACAUUACCGACGACUGUUACGAGUGUAAAAUCUCCGAUAAAAUCUACGGUAAUUGCACUUCCAAUUAAUACAAGCACGUUAGAAUCUGCCAACAUAUCAUUGCCAUACGUUUGCUCAAACACGUCUCUCAUUCUACCGGAUCCUAAAAAAACAUAUGGAUACUUUUACAAGAAGAUCAAUGUUCGUGCUCCGGUGUCAAAUAUCUCAGUAGAAGGUACAAAUUGGAUCCAAGCAUGGGACAUGCUAUCUUUGAAUGUAACCUGUAAGGGAUCAGGUCCAUUUUCCAAGUGUUUCCAGUUUUACCGUGGAAAGUAUAAUGUGACAGGAAAUGAAACUUGUAAUAACGUAGAUUAUUUGCAGUUAUGCAAUUUUUCCAUUAAACAUUAUUUUCUCGAGCCCAGUGUUUACACAUUAUUAAUUAUAUUAAACAACGAAGUUAAUACACAGAUUUAUCCACUAACGAUAAACAUUUAUAAAGUAACAACAAAACCGCAGUUAUCGGUUAUCAUAGUGCCAGUUUCUUGCUCGGUUGUUGCUGUGGUGCUGAUAGUAUUUGGCGUGGCGUAUUACAUCCAAAGCAGAGCGAGAUUCACGAUAGAAGUCGCGGACUUUGAUUUUGGACAAAGUAAUCCAGAGAUGGAGUACAAAACGUUUACAGAACGUUUACGCGACUCGUUUAAUAACACUGGAUAUAAACCACUCAGUAAUCCGCAAACACUUCAGUGAUGCAUGAAAAUGAGAAGUAAUAUUUUUAAUGGCGUCAUUGGAAUGAAGGGUUUCUGCAAGAAGUGAGGAAAAAUGAAUAAUGAGCCAUGCAAAAAUGUCAGUCGAUAAAAAUUUAAUAACAUUACUAGUGAAGAGAUCUAUCGAAUGCUAUUGUGCGCUACUAAGUGGGAAAUUGGUUGAAAGAUAAACUGGUUAUAUAAAAGGAAAGAGGUGAAAGACAAUGAUGUACAAUAAUUUUUAACAUAUUAUCGAAUGAUGAAAUCGAAAUUGUACAUAGAUGAGAAAAUUACUAUGUAUAUAUAGGCUGUGAAUAUAAUAUGCAAUGGUGUAUUUUAAAGUUGCUCUUAA